ACUGUCACUUGUGAUUCACAACCUGCAGUGGCUGCUUGCAGUGAGGACCAUGAAGCUGUGUGGGUUGCUGUUGUCUGUGUGCGUAUGCUUGAAGGGUGGCUGCCUCUCUCCAGUACCAUCCACACACUGUGAGGACCCUGCUGUCCUGACAGCGGCUGAAGUGGCCCUCGACAAGAUCAACGCGGACAGGCAGGAAGGCUUUGUCUUCAUGUUUAACCGUGUUUAUGAUGUGAGCCAACAGCCUGGGGAGGCAGGUGGGACAAUGUUCAACCUGACAAUAGAUGUGCUGGAAACAAAGUGUCAUGUGAUCAGCAAGAAGAAGUGGAAUCAAUGUGAAGUUAAAGGUGUUGGAAGUGUACCAGUCUAUGGACACUGUGAAACAUCCAUUUAUGUAAAUAUGUCUGAAGGAACUGUUGCUCUCUAUAAUUACAACUGUACUGUCCAGCAGGUGCCAGCUAAUAUUAUAUUCAGGACAUGUCCAGACUGUCCUACCAAAACAGAUUUGAAUGGCAGCACUGUAAUGAAGGCUGUUGAGCUCUCUCUGAAGAAAUACAACAGAAACAGUGGCCUGCCGAAAUAUUUUGCCCUUCUCAAUGUAACAGAGGCUUCAAUGCAGUGGGUUGUUGGUCCAUCCUACUUUGUUGAAUACACAAUUCAGGAGACAGUCUGCUCUAGAGAUAAACCGGAAAUGGAUUUAUCCCAGUGCAAACUGAUGGACUGUGAAUUUGCUCAUAAAGGAUACUGCUCUGGGUCACACAUGAUUGCGUUCCAUGAAGAUCCAAUUAAUCCGCAUGUCACUGUCAAGUGUGAAAUCUUUGAACCAAAGGCUGCAGAGAUGGAGAGGGAGAGCCAUGUUGGAGCAGGAGAGCACAGCUCCCAGUCAGAGCAACAGCCUGGAGAUGAGUCCCACAAGCAUGACCACUUACAUUUACACCCUCAUGAACACCACCACGCCCACAGUAAGAGCCAAGUUCUCCCUUGGCCCAUGUCCCCCCUGGGCACUGUGCACGUUCUUCCCCCUUCCCCUCCAAUUAAAGCCAGAACUCCGCCAGCAGCAACCGACUGUCCGGGAAAAAGGAGGCAUAACCUUGGUUUGCUGGAAGUUGACCUCUGAAUAUGACUUUUCUUAUACUUUCAGAAACCUAUGAGCUUCCAUUUGGGAACGAAAAAAUAAUAAAUAUAAAUUACACAA